AUGCAGUUUACCAGUAAAAAGAUGUUCACGUCGCACAAAACACUUCAGCUAGUGCUUCUACUAGUAUGUUUGGUCAGCAUAGCUUCAUACGUUUCGGCCAGGCCUUCAAAGGAGCAGCGAAGUCAUAUACGGCUUAUGGAUCAACUGUUUCCCAGGAGAUCGGCUGCCAGAAGGACACCACACCACAGUGGUAAUCACAACCAUAAGCGUCGAUCGGCCGACUAUGAAGAUUACUUUGACGCUGACUACAAACGUGUGCAGCCCUGCUAUGAGGAUGAGGACAUAAAUGAACUUUGCCAACGCUGUUCGAAGGUGACCAAGUCGUCGAUUGUGUUUCCCAUGUGCUGUGGGAACGAGGACGAAACGAGAAACUGGUGCCAAGACUACGUGUACUAUGGUAUACAGACGUAA